GGACCGGCAAGAUGGCGGCGUCCAGCCGAGCGGAGGUGCUACGGAUCUACCGUGUCCUGCUACGGGAGAGUCAGCGCUUCGCCGCCUACGGCUACAGAACAUAUGCCAUCAGAAGAAUAAGAGAUGCCUUCAGAGAAAACAAGCAUAUAAAGGAUUCAGCGGAAAUACAAAAACUAGUGAAUAAAGCAAAAGAAAACCUAGACAUUAUUCAUCGGCAGAUGAGCUGCAAUCAAAAAGAAAAAGAUGACUUUGUAACGGCAUUAAAUGAAACUCUAUCAGUUAUUCUUUCUAAUGAAAGGACCAUCCUGGUAGUGGAUGUGAAUACAUAUAUCAGCAGAUAUUGUGGAGAGUUCAAUAAAGUCCGCAGGAGGUGUGGAUAUGGACAAAAGAAUGGAGGAGAUACCUCGCUACAGCAUUCGUCACCAUUGGUCAAAUGUAUUCCACACAGAAGCUUGUUAUUGAAAAUCCAGAAAAUACAUAGCUAGGAGAUGAAUCCAGUUUUUGAAGCAACAGUGGACCAUCCUCAGCAUUCUGCAUUGCUGCACACAGAUAUUUAUGCUCGCUGCACAAGUACGAGAGUUUGUUUUUUAUUAGAAGAAGAAAUGUAGGAGAGGCUCAGUUCUGACAACCAAAGCAAUAUGGAAUGUUUCCAUGAAUCAUAUUGUAAGAUGUACUGCUAAGGCUACCACAGUAUGUAACCCAAUGCCCAUGUUUGCUUGUGUGUCAUAUGUAAUGAACGUGUUCAUUGUUCUUAUUUAACAAUAAAAUUUCAUGAGCUGAA